AUGGCCAGUCGGCGCGCUGCGCGCGCGCGUGCCCACACCGAGGCAUACUCGUCCACUACGACAGUCGCCACCCGCCGCCGCGCCAAAGCGCCCACGAAGGCCGCUCGACCGCCCCCUCCGCAGCACCGUUACGACGACGACGACGACGACGACGACACGGACGAGACGACCGACAGCGAGGCCGCCGAGCCCUUCCCCUUCUUCGCGCUGCCCGCCGAGAUCCGCCUGCGCGUGUACGAGCUGCUCCUCGCCGUGCCGGGCGUCGUCGACCUGAACCCGUCAAACUACCGGACCAUACGGCGGCGCACGCUGCCCCUAUUCCUGACCUCGCACCGCAUGCACGAGGAGGCCUACCGCGUCUUCUACGGCACCAACGUCUUCCGCAUCUUCCCUUUACAUGGCCGCUUCUUCCACACCAAGAAGCCGCUCCUCGCCCGCCUUCCGUCCCGCUACCGGAAUAGCAUCGCCCGGCUCGAGCUGCGCCUGGGGCCCGGCUGGCAGGGCCCGCUGCCCAAAUGCUGGGACCUCUCGCCCGAGGGCGCGGAGCGGCUGGGGCUUGCGGACCUGGCUGACGCUCGUUCGCUCAAGGUCUUCGUCGAGUGCGACCCGGCCAGCGACGAGAUCUUCCGCGGCUUCCGGCGCAGCGACGACUUCUUCACCGUGUUUUGCAGUGGGCUGUUGCGCAACUUCUUGCCCCGCGUGCCCAGCAUCGAGGAGGUGCAGUUUGACGGCUUCCCCAGCGUAAAGCAGGAUAGCCCCCUGAUGAAGGAGCUGCUGCUGCAGGUUAGGGGACACGGAAAGCGCGUGACAUAUGGCCCGGAGCGCGGCUGGGCGGACAAAGUAGCUGACUUGGAGAGUGGCAUUGCUCGAUUGCACCUCUGGGCCGGGUAA